UAACCGUUGACGCGUUAUGUGAUUUGAGCUAGAUUCCGAAAUUCAUUACUGGACAUCUAUAAUAUAUGUCACGUUAACUAUAGUACUGUUUUCAACACUGACAGUGAAUAACGGAACGCAACCCUGUAAAAAUUCUAACGCAAGCAGAGGACUUUUUGUCUCAGAGAGGUUAUGCGGCAAAUUUGUGUCGUGAGAGGAACUUUUGGAAAUUUGAUUAGUACUCUAACUUAAAGUCAAAAUGACUAUCGGCAAGAAUAAUAAAAUGUUACAGCACAUUAACUAUAGAGUCAGAAUCAUUCUUUCUGAUUCUAGAACAUUUAUAGGUACUUUCAAGGCCUUUGACAAGCACAUGAAUCUAAUACUUGGUGACUGCGAAGAGUUUAGAAAGAUAAAAGCAAAAAACACCAAGCAACCAGAAAGGGAGGAGAAGCGUGUGUUAGGAUUUGUGCUUCUCAGAGGCCAGAAUAUAGUUUCCUUAACUGUUGAAGGACCACCACCUCCUGAGGAAGGAUUGCCUAGGGUACCUGUUCCAGGAUCAGUACCAGGUUCAAGUAUGACUCGUGGUGUAGGCAGAGGCAUGCCAGCAAAUGUUGCAGGAGUGCCAGCUGGACUUCAAGGACCAGUCAGAGGUGUUGGAGGGCCAUCUCAACAAAUUAUGACGCCUACUGGCAGAAACCAGGUUUCAGCACCACCUCAAAUACAUCCAGGUACUCCACCACGCAUGCCGAUCAGUGGUCCACCACCAGGUAUGAUGGGACCACCACCAAUGAUGGGUAUGCCACCUGGAAUGCCACAUCUAGGUCGAGGUGGAUCACCAAUGGGACCACCUGGCAUGAGAGGUCCUGCUCCAGGUUUGCUACGUGGUGGUCCACCUCCUCCUCGUCCAUAUUAAUAUGUUUCAGAAUUUAAUUAAUAUGUUUAAAAAAUCUAACUAAACAAUUCUUUUGUAAUACAAUAAGAUACCCAUUAAUGAGAAAAUACAAUAAAGUUUUUGAUUCAAUAAACAAUUUACUCACA